UUGGCGAGAGCCCCUGUCAAUGUGACGGGAUGGGCGGGGAUACAGAGCUCCAGGGAUCCCGAACACAAGGGCACAGGGAUCGGUGCAGAGAUGCUGUGUGGUGCGCAGGAGCAGGUGUAGCGAUAGGGAUUUAGAGCGGUCACCUGGCCGCCUUCAUCUGUCCCGGGAUGGCACGUACAGCUCCACUCUGUACCGGCUCACUGCUAAUCAACAGCGCGAUGCACAGACCGCUGCUCACUAGAGAUUUCAACAUGUAAAGCAUACGGGAGAGGAAGGCAACAAGGAUAUAGCGGCAGAUUCCAACUAACCAGAUAAUUGGAUUGGCUGCAAAAGAUUAUUGAUCGCCAUACGCUAGUGUCGUCUCCGGUGUUGUUUGCAAGAACCUGGAAAAAAUAGACGUGCAAUAUUUCUCAAAAUAUCUGUGUUUGCCAGAUUUGCUCAUACAAUAAAUGAGGUAGAGCCAUGCUGACCAGCAUCACAGACGGGAUCAUGUGCUGUUUGACAGGGAAGUCUGCCAACACGGUGGCACCUCUUGAGAACUCAGAGCCGGGGGACGGGUACGAGUUCGUGGAGGUGAAGCCGGGCCGGGUGCUGCGGGUCCGACACAUCGUCCCGGACCGCGGGGGCUGUGAGACCUCGGGGGAGGAGGAGCAGAAGCCCGGCCGGGGGGUCGUGCACUGCAAGCGCAAGAUCACGGUCUACCGCAACGGACAGCUGGUCAUCGAGAACCUGGGGGACGUGGUGCGCUCGGAGAUCCUGCACUGCCAGAACGGCAACACGGAGGCCAGCAGCACGGUGGAGGUGGAGCUCUCCGAUUACAACAGCUCCGCCACCGAACCCAAGCCCUCGCACGGCGCCGAAGCCCAGCCUCCACCUGCCGGGGAGCGGCGGCGCAAACGCAAGCCCAAGCGCACCGUGCUGAUCGACUGCGACAGGAAGAUCUCCAGCUGCAAGGGCACCCACUCGGACGUGGCCCUCUUCUUCAUCCACGGCGUGGGCGGCUCGCUGGACAUCUGGGGCAGCCAGCUGGUCUUCUUCUCCCGGCUGGGCUACGGGGUCAUCGCUCCCGAUCUGGCCGGGCACGGAGCCAGCACCGCCCCCCUGAUCGCGGCCGCCUACACCUUCUACGCCCUGGCCGAGGACAUGCGGGCCAUCUUCAAACGAUACGCCCGGAAACGGAACAUCCUCAUCGGACACUCCUACGGGGUGUCGUUCUGUACCUUCCUUGCCCAUGAGUACCCGGAUCAGGUCCACAAGGUGGUGAUGGUGAAUGGCGGGGGUCCGACGGCGCUGGAGCCCAGCCUCUGCUCCAUCUUCAACCUCCCCACCUGUGUGCUGCACUGCCUCGCCCCCUGCCUGGCCUGGAGCUUCCUCAAGGCGGGGUUCGCUCGCCAAGGUGUCAAAGAGAAGCAGCUGCUGAAGGAGGGCAAUGCCUUCAACGUGUCGUCCUUCGUACUGCGGGCCAUGAUGAGCGGUCAGUACUGGCCGGAGGGGGACGAGGUGUACCAUGCAGAACUGACCGUACCCAUCCUGCUGGUGCACGGCAUGCAUGACAAGUUUGUGCCCAUUGAGGAGGACCAGCGCAUGGCAGAGAUCCUGCUGAUAGCCUUCCUGAAGGUGAUUGACGAGGGCAGCCACAUGGUGAUGAUGGAGUGCCCCGAGACAGUCAACACCCUCCUGCAUGAGUUCUUCCUGUGGGAGCCUGACCUGCCCAGCGAGGUCCCUGCCGCCCAGGACUCCCCGCCCUCGCAGGACAACAAGUAGCCAACCGGGGACCUUUCCAACCCAAACCAAACCAUGGGCUUGAUCGCCGGCUGGCUGCAGCGGGUGUUUCUGUCCGCGGGCUGAGAGCUGUUUUUAGUGCCGACGGGGCUGCGAGCUCCCGGGUGGAGCGGGAGACGCCCAGCGUCUCGGACUCUCCGCGAGAGAGAAGCAGGGAAGGAAGAGAAUCGAAGGCAGCUAAACGAGAAGGAGAAGUCAAAGAAAAAGGUGGUUUAUUUAUUCACUGUAAUCGUUUAUAAUAAGGCAUUCAAAGAACACGGGAUUCCGGAAUAGUCAGAACACUCUAACACUGGAACCAAGGGUUCUGAGUGUUCUGACAGUGCCCCUAUCUUGCUAAUACAAGUGUAUAACCCUAUUUAUGUCAGGAACACACUUUACCCAGUAACAUCCUGCUGUGGCUUUGGGUGAAUUGCUACCAAUUGUGUCUGGGUAGGUUCUGAGCAGCUGUUGUGGGAGGUGGGGAGGGAGGGAGGUGAUGGCUAGACUGGAGUUGGGGUAGUGAGUUUUCUAAUUGGAUAUCGUGUGGUGCUAUUGUAAUAAUAAUAUUUGAACUGCUAAAAAGGCUGACACCCUCAGUAUAGGGAACGCUGAUAGAUCCAGCUUACGGGUUUGGGGAAGGGGUAGCUUGUUCACCCCCUUCCCCCUACAAAGGAGUCCCAAGUCAGGCAGCCCCGCAGGACUUACCCUGAUGCGGACAUGAGCAAACACAUGUCACAGCAGUCUUCUCAAUCGAAUAUUAUAAUGGAUUUAUAUGUGUGAGUGCUAGCUGUAUUAUACUGUACAGAAAACCAAGGACAGCUAAUUAAUGCACUUGGCAGACACUGGAUUCCAAGGAGAGAGGCUCUGCCCGUCCGAAAGAGGUCUCAGGAAUGUUGAGGAAACCCAAACAGGUCUUCAGCAAUAAUCCUUGUUGAAUCCUUGUGUCUGACAAGAACCCAGCACAGCAUCAAUACAAAAAAUCCAGCCACAAUCCUCUUGAUUUGAUCCACAAAACGUAAUAACGAAUAAAUAGUAAGGAAUAAAUAAAAAAAUCAAGCCAUGAUAGGUCGGGCAGCCUUGGUGCGGCGGGAGGAAGACACAGGAAGUUUGACCCCUUCUGUUUCUACGUGUGCGACUGUCGGCUCCGUGUUAUUUAUUAAAAUCCGCAUCGGUGUUGUUUGUGCCGGGUUUGUGAUUCAAAUUCUUUGUUUUAUAUUAAAAAAAUAAGCGUAAAUUAUAAAUGAGUAAAAAUGGUCAGCCUCUAUAUACUGGAUGGGCCGCUGUGCUGAGCAGUGUCGGUGUACUGUAUAUAGCUUUGCUUUUACCUGGAGAUAUGCAAUGCCUCCAGAGCUGAUAGAGGGAUGAGCAUUGCUUUGGAAGCCCUGAAUGGGUAUAUUACUCAAGUGACAGUACUUGUCUGUGGCAGCCUGGCAGUGAAUGUGGUUGGUGGUUCAACGUACAGCAGUGUCCAUGAAUCACCUUGCAUUUAACAUUUAUUUCCAACCAAAAAUGUUUAAUCACUGAUGAUAUGAACACACAGUUUUAGGAGAAUAUUAAGCAUAUCCAAGACUCCUUCAUGCCAAGAUAAAAUCUGGUAACCAUAACUUCACAGUAGCAAGUGAAAGAUGUAAGGUGAUACAAUACCCAUGGCUGCACACCUUGUAAUAUUGGACAGAACAAGGGUUGGGACCAAUCCAUGCUUUUUUUUUGUUUCAAUCUUCUUCCCGCUUCCAGCUGCAGAGCAAUAACGGAUGAACAAUCUUUGGUCCAUCACUGAUCCAACAAAUGUGGGAAGUUACCCUAAAUUUCAACAUCAGCAUCCCAAAAACACAACGUCUCACUUUAGGAAUAACCCCUCCUUCUUGGUCUGCUAUAAAAAAAAAGAAAUGUGCUGUUCAUACUUGUAAUGACUUUCUAAAGCGUUGGUUCAGGAGCCCUACCUUACCUAGUGCUCCCUCGCUAACAAUGUAUUGUGUGUCUCAUAAUGAGAAAUUGCAAUUAUUCUGAAUAAGGAGAAAUCAGGAGUCGCAUAUUGCAUGGUUUACCACCGUAAAUUCAAAGCUGUAUUUAGCACUUUUUCCAUUAAAAUGACACAUCCUUGCAUGAAGACAUGUAGGUCUGAUUGCACCAACCUGGAUUAAACUAGGAUUAGUCAAUCUGGGAUUAUGUUUUAAUCUUAAAUUAAGAAAUAUUUAACUAUAUUUAAAGUUUUGUGCAUCAGGAUUAGAACAUAACCCUUGAUUUAAUCUGGUUUAGUGCUUAAUACACGCUGGUUCAAAUCGGCCCUUAAUAGAGAUUUUAUCAUUUUUAAAUCAGAACGUUCCAUGAUCAAACAUCGAAUCGGUACAUGCCUACCUAGUUUUAGGUGAGGUCUUUUAAAAUGCAAAUAGUCUUUUGGGGUACAUUCGAUACCCUCUUUUGCUAAAGAAAACACUGCAAUCUACCACUCGCUGGAGACAACUGACAAGCGAGUGAAACUGGGUCCCCAAUGGAAACCCAGCCCUGGUGGUAUAGCCCUGCAACAUGCACCCUGGUUUCUGCUUUAUUUGUGCAACAUGUCGAUAAUCCACUGUGGUGCCCCUGUGUGGUGGAAACAUGUAAAUGUCUGUAGCAAUUACUCAGAAAUAAUAAUACUUAUUCUAAAUAAUAAUAAUGAAUAAACAGUAUGCGCUGACUGCCUGCAAAACGCUUGUGUUGCAACAAAGUUUGGCUCAGCCAACACUUAAAAUCUCAACCUGUGCAAUGUGCAAUAGUGCCAUUUCCAGCAGUAAAAUAAAGUAUAUAUUCUGUGUG